AUGUCUCUCAGCGCCUUUUCCGUUAUUCUAAAACAAAAUCAACUUGUCGGGAAUAAUUAUGUGGAUUGGAAACGUAAUUUGAUGUUUGUGCUUAUUGCCGAAAAACUUGAUUUUGUGCUCGAAGAAGAAUGUCUCGAGGAACCUACUGAGACUAUAGGUAAGUCCAAGAGGGCUGCGUAUGAUAAGUGGAUCGCUGCUGACAAGAUGACUCGCUGUUACAAUUUGGCAUCCAUGUCAAACGUGUUACAGCAAAAGCUUGAAAGUCAGGAGACCUCUUAUGACAUACUAGAAAGCCUGAAGGGCAUGUUUGGACAUCAAAGUAGGAGGACUCGCUUUGAGGCCAUUCGUACCUUACAGAACAUCCGCAUGAAACCUGGAAUGCCUGUGAAGGAUCAUAUGUUGACUAUGAUUGCAUACUUCAACGUGGCGGAGAAUCUGGGUGCAACUAUUGAUUAGGAAACUCAA